UGAUAAACCCUUAUAAAAAGUCAUUAAGAUGCAAAUUUGUCUUCCCCAGAAGUGUCAAAAUCUAUCUAGAAACAAGGAAAAGAGGAGUAUUAUCUUCAGACGACUAGUAUGAGGUCUGUCUCUCAAAUUUGUCUUUCCUUGAGAAAUAAGAGUAAAAUGGCUUGUAAAAGAUGUAGCAAUAAAGUGGCCAUGGCAUGUUCAAGUCCAAAGAAAACAGUUCUUGUUACCGGAGCUUCCGGUUUAACUGGUCAAUUUGCAUUUAAGAAAUUGAAGGAAAGAUCAGACAAGUUAGUGGUGAGGGGUCUUGUAAGAUCAGAGGGAAGUAAGAAAAAACUUGGAGGCGGAAAUGAGAUUUAUGUAGGAGACGUUAUGAAACCGGAAAGCCUUGAACCUGCCAUGAAGGGAGUUGAUGCUCUAAUAAUUCUAACCACUGCUAUACCAAAGAUGAAACCUGGAUCCUAUCCUGCAAAUAUUAGCGGUGCUAGGGCUGAAGAUUUAAUUGACGGUUCUUUUCAAGGAACAAUACCUGAAUUCUACUUCGAAGGAGGACAGUACCCAGAACAGGUUGACUGGAUAGGUCAAAAGAACCAAAUUGAUGCAGCUAAAGCUGCAGGAGUAAAGCAUAUCAUUUUGGUUUCGACAAUGGGUUCUGGAGAUCCUAAUCACCCUUUAAAUAGUCUAGGAAAUGGAAAUAUACUGGCAUGGAAGAGAAAGGCAGAAGAAUACUUGGCCAAGUCUGGAGUACCAUACACUAUAUUAAGGGCCGGGGGACUGGAUAACAAACAAGGUGGGAAAAGGCAGCUGUUGAUAGGAAAGAAUGAUGAACUUCUCCCAACUGAAAAAGGAUACGUUGCUAGAGAAGAUGUUGCCGAAGCUUGUGUUCAGGCUGUCCAACUCGAGGAGGUAAAGUUUAAGGCGUUCGACCUAGGAUCGAUGCCUGAGGGAACUGGUGUACCUACAAAAGACUUCAAAGCUCUUUUCGCCCCAAUCACUACUUGUUUCUAAGAAAUUGCAUAUAUCCAAUUUAUCUUCGGGUUUAUGAAAUUUGGUCGUGUUUCGGGUUUCUGUUGUUGCGCAGAGAGUAUGAAUGAACAAAACCCCUCAAUGAAGGGUACUGUUAUAUGAAAGCUAUUUUUGAGGUCGCAAAUUUUUCCUUGAGGGGAUUGAUUUAAAUGUCUGGAAUGCGGAUAGGAGGCUUUCAAAAUACAUAGCAAUUGUCAAAAUUAACCUUCCUCCAUAACUAAACCAGAAUCUAAUGUCCGGCGGUAGUUUUCACAAUAAAUAUUCAUAAAACCUAUUACUGUUCUCCUUCU